AUGGCACAAACCUUAGGGUCCGAAGAGUCCAAUUUUAAGGAGGAGAAUGCCAUAACCACUAGAUUAGGGAAGGUUGUAGAACUAACCCCUCCACUUAGAGAGAACGAAAAAGAGUUAAGUAAGCCUAAUGAGAUCAGUCCUAGUGAGAAAGCAGUGGAAAACCCAGCUAGAAUACCUUUCCCUCAAGCUCUCAAGUCUACUUCGAAAUCAACAAGUCAGCAUAAUGAAAUCCUAGAACACCUCAGACAAGUUAAAAUCAAUUUACCUUUCUUGCAUGUGAUCUCUCAAGUUCCUACAUAUGCUAAAGUCCUUAAGGACCUAUGCAUUGUAAAAAGGAAACAUCAUAUCAAAAAAAUUGCCUUCUUGACCGAGCAAGUGAGUGUUGUGAUAGAACAAAGGAUCCCACCAAAGUAUAAGGACCCUGGUUAUCUUACCAUUUCUUGUGUUAUUGGGAACCGCGAGUUUGCACAAGCCCUUCUUGAUUUAGGAGCUAGUGUCAACCUUAUGCACUAUGCUAUAUACUUGUUGUUGGGUCUAGGAAAGAUGAAACCCACCUCAGUGAUUCUACAAUUAGCUGACCAGUCCACCAUACGACCAAAGGGAGUAGUUGAGGAUGUGUUAAUUCAGGUUGAUAAAUUUUAUUACCCCGUUGAUUUCUUGGUAUUAGAUGUGAAGGUUGAGAUGGAUGUUAACUCUAAAAUCUCUAUUAUACUUGGUAGACCUUUCCUUGCUACAACUAACACUCUUAUCAAUUGCAGGAAUGGUAUGAUGAAGCUGACAUUUGGAAAUAUGACUCUAGAAGUCAAUAUUUUCCAUGUCACCAAACAACCUAAGAAAGAUGAUGAAUGCCAUCAAACCUAUAUGAUUGAUGCAUUUACUUAG